AUCUGGCCAUUGCUCCCUUGCCACCUCCACCAUGCUGGCCUCGGGGCUGCUGCUCCUGGCUCUGCUGGCCUGUCUGAUGGUCAUGGUGCUGAUGUCUGUCUGGCGGCAGAGGCAGAGGAAGCUGCUGGGGAAGAUGCCCCCUGGGCCCACACCACUGCCCUUCAUCGGAAACUACCUCCAGCUGGACACGGAGCACAUGUACAACUCCCUCAUGAAGCUCAGGGAGCGCUAUGGGUCAGUGUUCACCGUGCACAUGGGGCACCGGCGCAUCGUGGUGCUGUGUGGAUAUAACGCGGUAAAAGAGGCGCUGGUGGACCAGGCAGAGGAGUUCAGCGGGCGCGGGGAGAACGCCACCUUCGACUGGCUUUUCAAUGGCUAUGGCGUGGCCUUCAGCAACGGCGAGCGUGCCAAGCAGCUGAGGCGCUUCUCCAUCACCACCCUGCGGGACUUCGGCGUCGGCAAGCGCGGCAUCGAGGAGCGCAUCCAGGAGGAGGCGGGCUUCCUCAUCGAGUCCUUCAGGGCCACGAAGGGCGCCUUCAUCGACCCCACCUUUUUCCUGAGCCGGACAGUGUCCAACGUCAUCAGCUCCAUCGUCUUCGGCGACCGCUUUGACUAUGAGGACAAGGAGUUCCUGUCGCUGCUGCGGAUGAUGCUGGGGAGCUUCCAGUUCACAGCCACAUCUACUGGGCAGCUCUAUGAGAUGUUCUACUCAGUGAUGAAACACCUGCCAGGGCCACAACAACAGGCCUUUAAGGAGCUGCAGGGGCUGGAGGACUUUAUAUCCAAGAAGGUGGAACAGAACAAACACACAUUGGAUCCCAACUCUCCACGGGACUUCAUCGACUCCUUCCUCAUCCGCAUGCAGGAGGAGAAGAAGAACCCCAACACAGAGUUCUACAUGAAGAACCUGGUGCUGACCACGCUGAACCUCUUCUUUGCGGGCACAGAAACAGUCAGCACGACUAUGCGCUAUGGCUUCCUGCUGCUCAUGAAGCACCCAGAUGUGGAGGCCAAGAUCCACAAGGAGAUUGACCAGGUGAUUGGCAAGAACCGUCAACCCAAGUUCGAGGACCGGGCCAAGAUGCCCUACACAGAGGCGGUGAUCCAUGAGAUCCAAAGAUUUGGAGACAUGAUCCCCAUGGGCGUGUCCCGCAGAGUCAUCAAGGACACUAAGUUUCGAGAAUUCAUCCUGCCCAAGGGUACAGAAGUGUUCCCUAUGCUGGGUUCCGUGCUGAGAGACCCCAAGUUCUUCUCCAAGCCCCUAGAAUUCAACCCCCAGCACUUCCUGGAUGAGAAUGGGCAGUUUAAGAAGAAUGAUGCUUUCGUGCCCUUCUCCAUUGGGAAGCGAUACUGCUUCGGAGAAGGCCUGGCUAGGAUGGAGCUCUUCCUCUUCCUCACCACCAUCAUGCAGAACUUCCGUUUCAAGUCCCCCCAGUCACCCCAGGACAUCGAUGUAUCCCCCAAACACGUGGGCUUUGCUACCAUCCCACCGACCUACACCAUAAGCUUCCAGCCCCGCUGAGCCAGAGCUGUGCCAGGGCGGGGCGGAGGGGCGGUGCCAUGGGGCGGGGCUUGUGGGAGGGCGGGGCUAAGGCAAGUUGUAGGCUUGGGGGAAUGGAGCAAGGUGUAUAGGAAAAGAAGGCAUUGUCUGCUCGCCUUGCUAGAUAGAGAUAGAUGCUUCAGCAUUGGCGCAAGUGGAAGGGAGACUUGCCACUACGCUAUGAAGAAGAAUAACAAUUGAUAUUAGUUGCCGAGCAAGUACUCUGUGUCUGCGCUCUGCUAAAAGCACUACACGCACACUUUAUUCUGUUUCCUUUUUCUACUUAUCCAUUCUCUUCUUCUGCAUUUCACUAGGCAUGAAUGUAACUGCCUUUUUCCUUUGUUUUCUCUUCCUUCUUUUUCUUUUUCUAAAACCAGAGCACUGUUCUCUAUUCAGCUCUGACUGAUGAUGGUGCUGGGGAUUGAGCCUGGGACUUUGGGAUCUCAGGCAUAAAAGACUGUUGCAUAACCACUAUGCAUCUCCCCAGGCUUCUCACUCACUCAUUUUAGCACCCUCAACACUAUCUGACAGGGAACAGUGUCCACUACCACUUCACAGGUGACACUAACUGGGGCUCUGAAAAUUGAAGUGUGUGUUCUGAAGUUGCACCGAACUGAAAUAAGUGCUGAAUGUGUGCACCAGCUGAGUGCAGAAUGUACUCAUUUUGCUGUGAGUCUCUGAAGCUGAGACUCUCUGUGGUGGAUCCCUUAGGAUCUGCUGUAAGUUCCAGCUAGGAGAAUGAUAAUCACCUGAGAGUUGUUUUAUUCCCCAACACUGUGUUUGUUCUCUUAGAAGUGGCAUCCUUGUGCGGGACACAAUCUGAACAUCCACACACAUCAACCAUCCUCACAGCUUUGUGUUCCUUAAACUAAAUGUUCCAUAUGCUUAAACAUCCCCCACCCAAAUGCAUCCCACUUGAAGCACUUGAGAUUAAGUCGGGAGGACAUGGGGCCCUGCAAACUCUGAAAGUUGUAUAGACUCUCUGAUUCAUAAGA